UUGGAGCAAAAAAAAAAGCCCCAGCGUCAGUGUGUUGGAGCAGCAUGCCGUGAAAAGAGAGCAUCUUCCCAGGCCGCCAACGACACACUGAGUCGGUGUGGGGGACCGGAGGACAGCGGCGGGCUUCAGGCGGCGGCAGAACGAAGGUGCGGAGUCUUCUCCCCACAGAGGCGCGGCAUGAGGAGGAGGAGGAGGCGGAGGAGGAGGAACACGGCACAGCAACUCUGAGGCCGCCUGGCCCCCCCUUUUCCCUUUCCAAACUUGUGCAGAAAGUUGACAGCAGCUGAACUAAUGCGUCACUUCUCCCUCGGCGGGAGUUACUAUUGGAGGCAGCAUGGUGCAUAAAUACGACACUGAGCGAGCGGUGGGGCUGCUCAGAAGGUACCAGGCCAGCUUGACCAGUCCAGAGGAGCAGACCCUGAAGACCAGUGUGGGCAAAGUGUCUUCCAUUUUGGGCAGCCAGCUCUUUCAAGCCCUUCUUGAUAUUCAAGAGUGUUACGAGGUGACCUUGCAGCUAAACACGCAACAAAGUGUGCUGACAAAAGAAGAUAAAGCGGAUGCGUGGGAGCAACAGGAGGAAGAGGAGGAGCAAGAAGAAGAAGAAGAAGAAGAAGAGGAAGGAGUGUCCCGUGUCCGAGUGACGUGCAGGACGAGUGAUCACAGAGUGGAGAGAGUGUGUGGUGUGGUGGCUCGGUGUCACCUCGACUCGCCAAAGGUCGGGUCGCGGGGGCAGCAGCCUAAGUAGGGAACCCCAGACUUCCCUCUCCCCAGCCACUUCGUCCAGCUCCUCCCAGGGGAUCCCGAGGCGUUCCCAACGGGUCCUGGGUCUUCCCCGUGGCCUCCUACCGGUCUACAUCA